AUGGCCGAAAGGCAGUUGCGUUGGUUCAUCCUGUUGGUUGUGGCAAAGGGGAUCGCAUCUGCUGAAACGUCAGCUUCCCAAGCUGUGACAGGCUCUUGCAUUUUGCAAACGUCCAGGCAACAUUUGACAGCGAUCGACGUGCAUCGUGGAGAAGAUGUCGGAACCACGGGACAGAGCAAGAUUGAAGCCAGGCAUUUGUUGCUCGGGUUUGUGCUGGUGCUUGCCUUGGGUGUGCACAUAUUGGAACCCAUAAUGCAGUGGUUCCGUGUUUGGACAUGGUCCAUGCGAUCACUGGGUCAUGCGCCUGGAUUACCUGAGACCCAACGAUUUUGUAAAGAUGAAGUGCAGCGCGAGUUCCAAAAUUGGCUGGACGUCAUACCGUGCAACUCCGAUCCUUUCAUUCGUGAUGUUGGCAAUAAGCAACCUCUCACCUUUGCAGAGUUGCACAAGUUUUCCCAGGAUCGAGAGGUGUGGUUGAGCCGAUUCGGGAUUGGCCUGACCGACCGAGUCUGCACUAUGAUUCCAAACGGACCUGAAGCAGCUGUUUGCUUUCUGGUGUUUCCAUUGCGCUGUGUGUAUGCCCCCUUGAAUCCAGCCUUCACCGUCCCAGAGAUCGAGUUCGAAUUCCAAGAUCUUCCAUGCCACACGGUGGUGGUGAUGGCGGGCGAAGACAACAUUGCAACGUUGCAAGUGGCAACUGAGCUGAAGGUGCAAGUCCUGGAAAUGGAUCCGCAUGCAGAGACGGCCGGCCUUUUCAAGUUGAAGGUGCACCCGCAGAGCAGUGUCAGACAUGACGUCCCGAUUCCAAGUCAUGCGCAAGAGCAACAAAGCACACGCCACGAUGUAGCGCUGGUGUUGCAUACGUCCGGCACCACCAAGAAGCCGAAGAUUGUUCCAUUGACGCAUGAAAACUUGACGGUGGGUGCCUUGUGCAUUCAGACCACAUUGCAGCGGAAGCAGUGGGAUACCUGCCUGAAUCUUAUGCCUCUCUACCACAUCCAUGGCCUAUCCGUGAAUGUACUAGCGUCGGCCAUGUCAGGCUCUUCGGUCGUUUGCUCGCCCGGCUACAAAGGUCCAGGAAAGCCGCUUGAAUGGUUGGCUUCUGGGAUGGCAACUUGGUACUCAGCAGUUCCCACCAUGCAUCAGGGUAUUACAGAAGCAGGGCUGGCCUCUUCCGAUUUCAAUUCCUCGGCUGCAGGAGUUGGUUUGAUCCGAAAUUGCUCUGCCGCGCUUGUUCCUGUUCUUGCCGAGAAGAUGGAGAUGCUUUUCGAAUGUGUGGUGAUGCCGACUUAUGCGAUGUCGGAAAGCAUGCCGAUAGCAUCCAAUCCUUUGCCUCCAAACUUGCGAGUCCUACGCAGUGUUGGCAAACCAGCAGGCCCAGGGAUGACAUUACGCCACGAAGCCACGAACUUGGAGCCAAAGCUGGGCGAGGAAGCAGAAAUUUGUGUUUCCGGUGCUUGUGUGACCAAGGGCUACGAGAUGAGGGCGCACAUGGACCAAGAUCCCAACAUUGAAGCCUUCACGCCAGACAAAUGGCUGAGGACAGGAGACAAGGGAUAUAUCGAUGAACACGGGUACCUGUGCCUGUCGGGGCGGUACAAGGAGAUCAUAAAUCGUGGCGGUGAGAAGAUUUCGCCCUUUGAGGUUGAAAAUGUUUGUCGGCAAUGGCCAGCCGUUUUCGACUGCAUCGCUUUCUCCUGCCCACAUGUGCAGCUUGGAGAGACCGUUGGACUUGCGGUCGUGCUCCGGGACGGGGAGAUUAUGACAAGCAGGAAGUUGGGCGAGCUGCGGGAGUUUGGCGCUGCGAAGAUGAGCGAGAAGUGGCUGCCCCAGUGCAUUCUCUUCAUGAAGGAUAUCCCCAAGGGCUCCACAGGCAAACCAGCUCGAAUUGGCUUAGCCAAGCGCAUGAAGCUGGAAGCCUUGGAUGUGGAAGUCGACAAUGCUACAGUUGUUUGGGAUGCAUCAUCUGGCACACCCGUGCCCAUCAAUGAUUCCUCAGAUGCCGUCGGACGGGUUGAAGUCAAAAGCAUCGUGGAUUCACUGGGCAAAGUUAGGGAGGUGAACAACGACAAGUUGGAGGAAAUGGCACUUGUGGAGACACUGUAUGGCUUUGCGAUUCCUUGGAUCUUGUAUUUCCAUUUCUUUUUGGACAAGGAGCUGAAAGAAGGGCUCUUCUCCAGCAUCAUGGCACCAUUUCGCAAUGAUGGCUUGCAGCUUGGCCAUCACAUCGCCUUUCACGUGAAGCCUGUGACCGUCUUCUUGAUUUGUUAUGGGUACCUGGAGGCAUCAGACCGACACUUCGCAUUUGGUGGCUUUGAGCGCGAAAUUGUUCUCGCACUUUUGACCUCGUUCAUAGGACUGCUGACGCCCUUGUUCUUGACCCUGCUGGAGGUGAUCUCAGGUAACAAUGCUCCUGAGGGUGCCGGGACAGCUUUCCAACCUUUCCAGGUGUGGUUUACGGGAGGAAGUUGGUUCCUGGAGUUUGUGCUCAUUGGCCGCAUGGUUCUUGUCAUCUGCCACAAGCUUCGCAUCCCUGCUUGGCUGCAAAUCCCAGCUGCUUUGGUCGGAAGCGCUUCCUUCAACGCAAACGAUCUCGAGCCUCGAACCACACCUGGUGAGCUCCUGUACUUGUACGCUGUCUUGCUUACUGGUGCUUACGUUGCACCAUCCGUGGCGAAGCAUGUGAGCACAAAGUGGAAGACAUGGUCUCGUUUUGGACGUGGAGCAUUGCGGGCAAGUGCAGCUGUGUUUGUGCUAGGUUCAUUUUUUGGGCCUCUGGGACAUGGAUUCAGUGAUGCCAGCAGGUUACCCUGCCUUCACCAGAAACUGCUGCCACCAGCCGUGUGCAUGCCGAUCUGCUUGGUGCAGCAGAGCCUUUGGGCCGGUGCAGUGGCUAUCUUGCUGGCUCCUGCGGUGAGUGCCCUCCAGGUUCUUGGCUCCUAUGCGCUCGGCGCGUAUCUUUGGGGAACCCCAGCGUUUCGCUUCAGUAUGCAAGGCGUCUCGCUGUUUGGAAUGCCGGUUCUUCCCAGCAUGCAGAAGAUUGCCGAAGCAUUUUCGGGGUUCAAUGCCGGCCAGAACGUGGGUGUCACGCUGAGCUAUGUCCUGCUCCUGUACGUGGUGCUUUACUUCAACUGCCUUUUGGCCGGGUACUGUUUCCAAACGUUCUUGCUGACAUGCGGAGGUGUGGUUGGCAAAGUCGUCAACUCCUUGAAGCAGCUCGCUACGAAGUCAAGGUAG